AUGUACUCCUCAAAAUAUAGAAAUUAUAUAUAUGGGGAAGAGAAAUAUCCUCAACAUAUAAAUAAAAAAUUAUAUGUGAAUGAACCGUUAAAUUCUUAUCAUCACAUUUAUAAAAAUAAAUAUUAUGACACAAGACCUAAAGUAAUACAUAAUAAAAAAUUUUACUAUGACAACAUUGGUAUGUCAAAUAAUGAACAAUGUUUUCACAAUAAAUAUAGUAACAAUUUUAUAAAUAAUAAUAAUAUAGAAUAUGAAAAUAAUUUAACAUAUGUAAAGAAGCGAUAUAAUAAUAGGAACAAUAGUUAUAAUAAUAAACAUGGCAUGCAUCUUUAUCCCUCAAAAAUAGAAAAAUGUCAUAAGGAUAAUUUAAACCCUAUUCGUGGUGACAAAAAAAAAAAUAGAUAUACUCUUCACAUUGGUAAUAAAAAAAAUAGUUUUGAAUUACCUUCUAAAUGUGAAGGAAUAUAUAAUAAUCAUGAUAAAUUUCAAAAAAAUAUGGAUGAAAAAAAUAAAGAUAUUAAAUGUAUAUCAAUAAAAACUGUUAUCAAUAAACCUAAUAUAAAAAAAAUACCUUUCAUUAAUUAUGAUACACAAAAUUAUCAUAUUAAAUUAGGUUGCUGGAACUUUGGAAAUCCAUUAAAAUUAUUUUCUAAGAUUGAAAGGUAUAAACAGAAUAUAAAAGAAAAAUAUUAUGAAAAUAGAAAAUACUGUAAAAAUAUAUCAACAAUAAAUUCGUUUAAUAAAUAUUUAUGUAAUGAAUAUUUUUAUAUUCCAAUAACAGAUAAAAAUUAUUUUAAAAAUAAAUCUUUAUUAAACAAAAAUAAUAAAAGCUAUCCUGUAAGUGACUUUCAAAAGGUAAAUUUGAAACCAAUAACAGGAUUUAUACAGUCAUAUAAAAAAGAAAAAGAAAAAAAAAAAAAAAAUCGACAACAUGCCAUUAUAAAAAUAUCCAAUGUUCCAUAUAUUAUUAAUGAUUAUAAAAAAAAAUAUUUGAAGAAACAUAAACAUAUGGAAAAUAUAAAGGCAUUAAAUCUAAAAGAAAUGAAUUUUGAUAUGCAAAAAAAUAUAAAUGAUAUUCCUAAUUUACAUAAUACAUGUGGACUUAUAGCAACAAUAUCAAAUAAAUAUGAUGAACAAAAUAAUUCAAGAGGAGUAAUAAUAACAUGUCAACAAAGAAAUAAAAAUAAUAACAUAAAAAAAAAAAAAAACUAUUAUAUGGAUCAUAACAAUAAUGAGAAUACCAUAAAGGAUAACAAUCAAGUAAAUAUUAAAUUCAAUAAUAAUACUUUUGACAGAUAUAAAAAAAAUGGAAAUAUUAAUCAUAAUACAUCUAAUUUUAUUAGAGGUGUAACAAAACAUAGAAAAAAGAAGAAAAAAAAAAAUCAUAGGAAUAUAAAUUUAAUUAAUGUCAAGAAAUAUAAAAUUGGUUCAAGUAACUCAGAAGGAUCAAAAAAAUAUCAUAUUACAAGUGAAUCAAUAAAAACAAAUGGGUCCUUACAUAAUAAACAUAAAAAAGAACAAUUAUAUAAUACAUAUAAAGAAAAAAUUAAUAAUAAAUAUAUGAUUAAUGAACCCAUCAAAAGAUAUAGAAUGAAAAUUAAAACACACAAGAACAAUCACAGCAAUGAAAAAAAUGCAAACUAUAAUGAAAAUAGGAAAUCCUCCAACGAAUCAUCAUAUUAUGAUAAAAAAUAUGUUAUGAAAUGUAAAGAAAUAAAACAAAAUACAAACAAAAAUAAAUCAUAUAGUAUAUCAUCCUUAAGUAGUCAAGUUUCAUUAAAUAAACAAACAAGAAAAAAAACACAUCAUGUUAAAAAUAUUCAUCAUAAAAUAAAAGGACCCAAUUAUCAAAAAUAUAAUAAAUAUCAUGAAUAUGGUACAUAUAAUAAAAAUCAUAAUACAUUAAAAAUGUAUAAAAAUAAAAAUGAUGGCCAAAAAAAAUUAAAGGAUUAUUCUGAUCAUAAUAUAGAAAAAAUUUAUGCAAAUAACAGUGAUAAUAAUACAUAUACAAAUACUUUAUAUAAAUCUAAUUAUAUAAAUAAAGAAAAUGCAUAUGAUAAUAAACAGAAGGAAGUACAUCAAAAAGUACCAUCCAAAAUUUACGAUGAAAAUUAUUCAUGUCAAAAGGAUGAUAAAUAUAAUUCUUAUAAAUUAAAAGGUUAUGAAUAUAAUUAUAAAAAUGUGGAAAAUAAUAAACCAAAUUAUAAAAUUUAUCGAUAUAACAAAUUAAAAAAUAAUAAAAUAAAUGAAAGUGAUAUGUUAGAAAAGGAAUAUGAUGAAUAUUUUCAUGAUAAAUAUUAA